AGGUCGGUUAAAUGUAAUAAUCCAUUUUAUACCCAAUAAAAAGUAUUCUCUCUAUCUUCUCUCUCAAUCCGACGACUACUGUAUAUGAAGGGAGAAGCUCUAAUUCUUCGUUUCACUGAACAUUUUUGAGUUUUCCAAACAAUUGAUUGGGAGUAUAGACGAUAAAAGCCAUGGAUUCUUUGGAGUAUGGAUACCUAUCAGAUGAUGAUACUCCAGUGAUGAAGACGAUCAAGGGAGCAACCAUGGGGUUAGUUGCAGGGACAGUGUGGGGAACUGUGGUUGCUUCCUGGCACGAUGUGCCUAGGGUUGAGAGACAUGUGGCCCUUCCUGGUCUCAUAAGGACUGCAAAAUUGAUGGGGGAUUAUGGGGCUACUUAUGCUGCAGUUGGUGGAGUUUAUAUUGGUGUUGAGCAAUUGAUGGAGAAAUACAGGAUGAAGAAGGAUUUUGUUAAUGGAGCAAUUGGUGGUUUUGUUGCAGGAGCUACCAUUUUUGGUUUCAAAGCGAGGAGCAUCCCCACUGCGCUUUCUGCUGGUGCAGCACUUGCCGUCACUUCUGCAAUUGUCGAUAUCGGGGGUCAGACCACAAGAAUUGACAAUGGAAAGGAGUAUUACCCUUACACCACUGAGAAGGGACCUUCUGUUAGUUAGCUCAUGGUUCCAUUUCUCUCACUCUAAAUAAGUAGUAUAGGAUCUUCUAUCAAAGCAUUUACUCUUUCUUAGAGGAGAGCUUAUUACUUCGGAGAGUAAUGGAUUUGCAUUUGUGGUUUGGACUGUGUCUUCUUUCGUCUCUUUACUGAAAUUUCAUAUGUUGUUUCAUGGAUAUGUGGAUUUUGCUACUUUGCACUAGUGCUGGAUAAAAAGAGAAAAAGGAAAAGGGAGGCCUUUGAGGUAACUCCUGGUUCUUUGUUGUUGGUCUGUAUUCGUUGUGGGGAUUCCAUGAACUGAAAUUGAAAUGUGGAUUGAGAAAGGAGAGAAGGAAAUAAGUUUUCAGGAGA